ACUCGGUGUCUCCCGCUGCAGGCGCACGGACCUUGCGGAGGGCGGCAUGGCGGCGACCACGGCGGCCCUGGGGCCCUCGGCGCUCGGGCAGAGCGGCCCCGGCUCCAUGGCGCCCUGGUGCUCUGUGAGCAGUGGCCCAUCUCGCUACGUGCUCGGAAUGCAGGAGCUGUUCCGAGGCCACAGCAAGACGCGCGAGUUCCCGGCGCACAGUGCCAAGGUGCACUCGGUGGCCUGGAGCUGCGAUGGCCGUCGCUUGGCCUCGGGGUCCUUCGACAAGACUGCCAGCGUGUUCUUACUGGAGAAGGACCGGCUGGUCAAAGAAAACAACUACCGCGGACACGGAGAUAGUGUGGAUCAGCUUUGCUGGCAUCCAAGCAACCCUGACCUCUUUGUCACUGCGUCUGGAGAUAAAACCAUUCGCAUCUGGGAUGUGAGGACUACAAAAUGCAUUGCCACUGUGAACACUAAAGGAGAGAACAUUAACAUCUGCUGGAGUCCCGAUGGGCAGACCAUUGCUGUGGGCAACAAGGACGAUGUCGUGACCUUUAUUGAUGCCAAGACACACCGUUCCAAAGCGGAAGAGCAGUUCAAGUUCGAGGUCAAUGAGAUCUCCUGGAAUAACGAUAACAACAUGUUCUUCCUGACCAACGGCAAUGGCUGUAUCAACAUCCUCAGCUACCCAGAACUGAAGCCUGUGCAGUCCAUCAAUGCACACCCUUCUAACUGCAUCUGUAUCAAGUUUGACCCCAUGGGGAAGUACUUUGCCACAGGAAGUGCAGAUGCUUUGGUUAGCCUCUGGGAUGUGGAUGAGUUAGUGUGUGUACGGUGCUUUUCCAGACUGGAUUGGCCUGUGAGGACCCUCAGUUUUAGCCACGAUGGGAAAAUGCUGGCGUCUGCCUCGGAGGAUCAUUUCAUCGACAUAGCUGAAGUAGAGACGGGAGACAAGCUGUGGGAGGUGCAGUGUGAGUCCCCGACUUUCACCGUGGCUUGGCACCCCAAGAGGCCUCUGCUGGCAUUUGCCUGUGAUGACAAGGAUGGCAAAUACGACAGCAGUCGGGAGGCCGGGACUGUGAAGCUGUUUGGGCUUCCCAAUGACCCCUGAGAGGGCCUGGCAGGAGAGGGGCCCGGCAGAGACUGCUCUCCUGUGUAGUUGCAUCUAUUCUCUGGACUUGGUGGGCACCCUAAGUGUAUAUAAAUUCUUAUAAAUUACAGAAACAUCUUUGGUCGGGCUGCGCAUCUCUUCACCCUGUGGUCUGGAGAGCUGAACCCACCUGGCCUGUGGUGAGCAAGUGCUCCACCCCUUAGCUGUGUCCCCAGCCCUCCUGGCUGUGCUUUCCUGUAUUCUGUGUUGGCUGUUUUCAUCCUUUCCCCUGUGGUCAGUUAGCUAAUGAGGACUUUGCGUAUGGGUCGUGGCCAUACUUUUCGGGUUCUCUGAAGAGUUAGAGGCUGGCUCCCGACGGAAAGGCCAAGGAUCCAGUAGUUGUUACAGCUAUUUACACGGUCUCCGCAGCGCUAACCUGGAGUCCCUGGGAAUUCCUAGAGCGCUGCUGGUCGUCUGCGCUGGAAUCCUGAAGAAGUAGGUUCUAAAGCCAGCAAAGGAAUGUCUUAGCAACAGGAUAGAUGAACUUGGCAAAGAGUGAGGGCAAGUGAGCAAAAACAAGCCUCCUUUUCCAUGUCCUCUUAUGUAGGUGGCCACCAGAAUGUGUGGCACAGAUGCGUGGCUCUUCCCACCUCAGGUGAUGAAGAGAAACCUCUUACACGUGUGAGCAGCAGGUUGGGUUUCAGUGAUGUUCAGAUGUAGUCGAGUUGACAGCCAGGACUAACCACCCUGUAUCAGCAUGCCCUCCAGGAGUGCCCCACCUUCUGGGUCUCAGAUGUGUGGCAGUUUGUUGACCACACCGCUGCGUAGGCAGUUCCCUUUAGAGGGCGGGCAGGGCAGGGCUGGGAUUUUUAAAAAGGAUUUUGAGAACAGAGCAUUUAAUAAAACUGGCAUUUAUUAUGAGGUGGCUAGA